UGGGGGACGCAUCUUGUUCAUCAUUUGUGGGGAAGAAGAGAAGAUUUGGCAAUGCCUGCUGAAGUGAAAGAGGAGCAGAGUUCAGAGGGGCCUCCUCCACUAUCUUUGUCCCAGGAGGCUAAAGAGGCAACUCUGGAUAAUCCAUCCGCCACUGACGAACUGGACACGCCCACCUCCAUCGCCUCUGUGAUGACCUCGACCAAUGAGAGCUCCACAGAGACGGACACCCCGCAGCAGACAGACACUGAGGAGUCCAAGGCCGUGGAACAAGAGGGCGAACAGGCCCCCAGUGAGUCCCAAGACUCCUCAGAGAUGCAGCAGGAGAACUUACAGACACCAGACACACCUGAUCUCCCAUCGACUCCAGAGGUUCAAGAAAACACUCCUAUUGAGCAACCUGUUCCUGAAGCAAAUGUUGAACCAACUGAGUCUGUAACACCGACCACACCGACCAUCAGCGCCACCACAGCACCCCCACAACCUCCGGCGGUGGUGCAGUCUGAGGAGCCUCAGCCAGUGAACCCAGACAGGCAGAGCAGAGUGUACACCCUCCCUGACACCUACAGAGGCAUUGGGGGUGACUUAUGUGCGGGGUAUGGAAGCCUGUCCCGCGCCACCCUCCACAGCUACUGGCCUGCCAAAAACUUCCAGCCCGGGGCUCACUACACUUUACCGUUCCUAAGGGACAGCUACGCUCCAGCAGGCCUCAGCAGCCAGACAGAGGAUGAUGGCAUCAGCGAACGGGGAGAAAACCCUUCCGACAUGAAGACUGACUACCCAGCUGCCAGUUACCCAACACUCGGGGGAAUACACCAGUUCAGGCCAAUCACCACCAUGGAGCUCCUCAGGGAGCCCUCGAGAACCAGAGGUGGCUACGAUGACGCCUUCAUGGCCCAGCUGGAGGGGAACCUAAAUCCUUUCUUCCAGGCCAUGUGCCGAGCGCAGACCCUUCAGUUCCCCCACAAACGCAGCAGCAUGGUCAGCCUGGACAGCAUCCGCAGAGACCCGCGCUGGAGAGACCCCAACCUUCAUGAGGUGAUCUCUAUGCUCAGCCACCCAAUGGACCCAGUCAAGUCCAACGCUGCUGCCUAUCUGCAGCACCUGUGUUACGAGAAUGACCGCAUCAAGCAGGAAGUGCGGCAGCUCAAUGGGGUGCCGAUCUUGGUGGAAUUAUUGGACCACCCUAAAGCUGAGGUCCAUCGCAAGGCCUGUGGCGCUUUGCGCAACAUAUCCUAUGGAAAAGACCACAAUAACAAAAUGGCUAUCAAGAACUGUGACGGCAUUCAAGCUUUAGUGAGACUAAUGAGGAAGUCUAGCAGCAUGGAGGUCAAAGAGUUAGUCACAGGCACUUUGUGGAACCUCUCCUCACAUGAGCCGCUGAAGAUGAUGGUAAUCAACAGUGGGCUUCAGACGCUGACUGAUGAGGUCAUCAUCCCACACUCAGGCUGGAGGAGAGACACAACCGACCCCUCCAAACUGCUGAGUGCUGAGUGGACAACAGUCUUCAAAAACACCUCUGGAUGUCUGAGGAACGUCAGCUCGGAUGGGGCGGAGGCUCGACAGAGGUUGAGGGAGUGUGAGGGGCUGGUGGACGCGCUCCUUCAUGCCCUCCAGUCAGCUGUCACCAACAAGGACACUGACAAUAAGUCGGUGGAGAACUGCGUGUGCAUCCUGCGAAACCUGUCCUAUCAUGUCCACAAAGAGAUACCGGGAGCCGAGCGAUUUCAGGAGCCUCAUGUCAAUCACCUGAUGAGAUCAGUGGGGCACCAGAAGAAGAAGAAUGAGCCUGACUGUUUUGGCGGGAAAAGACCCAAAGAGGAGUGGUUCAAUCAAGGUUGGAAAAAUGGAUUAAUGGACAGAAAAUACGGUACAUUGGAUUUACCAAAACGUACAGAACAAAUGAAAGGUUUGGAGCUGCUGUACCAGCCUGAGGUGGUGAGGCUCUACCUCUCUCUUCUCACCUGCAGUCACAACCACAAUACCCUGGAGGCAGCUGCAGGGGCACUGCAGAACCUCGCUGCGGGACACUGGGCUUGGUCCAGCUACAUCCGGGCCACAGUGAGAAAAGAGAAAGGGCUGCCCAUUCUGGUGGAGCUGCUGCGUUCAGAUGUGGACAAAGUGGUGCGAGCUGUGGCGAUUGCUCUCCGCAACCUGGCGAUGGACAGGAGGAAUAAAGACCUAAUAGGGAGCUAUGCUUUGAGGGACCUGGUCGGUAAUCUGCCAUGUGGGCAGCAGCACCCAGCGAAGAAUCUUGAGGGAGAUACCGUGGUGUCUAUUCUGAAUACCAUCCAUGAGAUCAUCACAGAUAGCCCAGAGAACGCCCGAGCGCUCAUACAGGGUCAUGCUGUGCAGAAACUGGUGGCCAUCAACAAGUCAAGCCAAUCUGCACGGGAGACUAAGGCAGCUUCCCAUGUGCUCCAGACAAUAUGGGCCUACAAGGACCUGCGAAACACCCUGAACAAGGCCGGCUGGAACAAGAGCCACUUCAAGCCAACAACCACUGGAGUGACUAAAAAAUCCAAGAGUGGGAAGCAAGGCAGCGAUGACAUCACCUUGCCUCUCAUGGACAAAAACCAAGAUGUAUAUUCCAGCUUAGAGCCAAAUGAUAGAGUUGGAGAUGGAAAAGGGCCUGUUGUGGAAAGAGACACCCUCCAGGCGAUAAGUGAGAGAAAACACUUCAUCAGAGCUGGCAGGCCUGCAGUGGGCCUCAUGGAUAACAAACCUCCACCACUGGACUCCUGGGUGUAAACAUGACAACGCAGCCAGCCAAACAUGGUUAAAUCCUGUAGAGACACUCUCCACUGGUGAAAUAUGGAUUUGUGCCAUUUGCUCAUUCUUGUACAGACAGAGAAAACACAUUCAAUUAAAAAUAACUUCCUUUGUUUACAGGAAAAAAAUGUGCCAAACAUUUACAUGUAUUUAUUAUGGAGAUUCUUUGGCAGAUGAUUUAAUAGAUUUUGUCAUUUAGGAUGAUAUGCUGUAUGUCUGAAACUCACAAAGAA